UUGGAAAAAAAGCUGGAACUACUUUGCAAAGAAAUCGAACUGGUUCGUAGAGAGAACGAGUUUUUGCGCCUUGCUGGCAACCCUGAGUCUGGCCACUCAAGCAGCUGGCUGGCGACGAAGACAGGUGACCAGGGCUUGGCCAAAGAUGUGAAAGAUUUUGUACUCGAUUUUGACGGUAAUGGAAAUGUUUAUAGUUGGAUAUCUUCCGUGCUUCAUUUGGAAAGAUCAUUCAACUUGAACGAAAAUAAUUUACGUUUGCUUGUCUUCGGUAAACUAAAGGGCAAAGCUUUGGAUUGGAUACACUCAAACCCUGAGUGUUUGUGUCAGCCUGUGAAAACCAUAUUCGAUGCCAUGGGAAAAGUCUUCGGAUCAAAGAAGACCAAUGUAAUAAUUCGAAGAGAGUUUGAGGCACGCAAGUGGUGCGUCGGCGAACCGUUCCUGAAUUACUUUAACGACAAAGUUGGCUUGGCUGGCGGCUUGCGUUUGCCGGAGGACGAGAUGGUCGAGUAUAUUGUUGACGGAAUACCAGACCGUCACUUGCGAGAGAUGGCUUGUAUGCAGCGUUUUGGGUCUAAGGAUGACGUGUUGGCAGCAUUUGUCAACAUAGUGCUGCAGCGGGAAAAACCUGUAUCUCUGUCAAAUGUUUCCGCAAAGAAGAAGCCCACAUUCAGGUGCUUCAACUGUAACUGCCUGGGUCACCUAGCAGCCGACUGUAACAAACCAAUAAGAGCAACUGGUGCUUGCUUUGGAUGUGGUGAAAUGGGUCACCGAGUGGCAGAUUGCAGUCAAAAUAAGAAGAAGCCCGCAGCAAUAUCAGAUGCCUCAUAGACUCGGGAAGCGCAGUUAGCUUAAUUAAAAAGGAGUUCGUUUCAGAUGAAAUUAAAUUGGAACCCGGUCCUGAACAUACAUAUUUUGGUUUAAAUAAAAGUAAACUUGAAGUCUUUGGAAGUAUUUUAUGUUACGUUGAAAUAUUAAAUAAAAAUGUUUA